AGAACAGUUGAAAGCGCUUGUAUGUCGGCGUGUCUGCGGCGGAAGUGCUUUGAUCAUUAUCCGGGUUGAUUUCUGGUCACACAGGAUCCAAGAUGGCGACUCACAUGUCGAGGUGUAGAACCUGGAGUCGUGUUCAAAGGUUUGGGAUUGCAGCUUACAGAAAGUACAGCAGUGGCGGCAGAUACCCAAAUAUCUCCCUCUCUGCACCGCUGCCUGGGAUCCCCAAGCCAGUGUUUGCGUCUGUGGAUGGUCAGGAAAAAUAUGAGACCAAGAUCACUACCCUAGAAAAUGGCCUCAAAGUCGCGUCCCAAAACAAGUUUGGUCAAUUCUGCACAGUUGGAAUUUUAGUAAAUUCUGGAUCCAGACAUGAAGCAAAGUACCCAAGUGGAAUAGCACACUUCGUAGAGAAACUAGCUUUUUCUUCCACAGCUCAGUAUGGAAGUAAAGAUGAAAUUCUCCUCACAUUGGAAAAACACGGAGGGAUAUGUGACUGCCAAACAUCAAGAGAUACCACCAUGUAUGCAGUGUCUGCUGAAGUGAAGGGUCUAGACACAGUGGUCAAUCUCCUCUCUGAUGCUGUUCUACAGCCUCGCCUGCUGGAUGAUGAGAUCGAGAUGACCAGAAUGGCGGUGCGCUUUGAGCUAGAAGAUCUCAACAUGAGGCCAGACCCUGAACCCUUACUCACUGAGAUGAUUCAUGCUGCCGCAUAUCGAGGCAACACGGUCGGACUUCCUCGCUUUUGUCCUGUAGACAAUGUGGACAAAAUUGACAAGAAGGUGCUUCACAGCUACUUGCGUAACUACUUCUGUCCUGAGCGGAUGGUGUUGGCUGGAGUGGGCAUCGAGCAUGAGCAGCUGGUCGAAUGUGCCAGGAAAUACCUGCUGGAUGUGAAACCAGUGUGGGGAACGAGUGCUGUGGCCGAUGUGGACCUCUCUGUAGCACAGUACACUGGUGGCAUCGUCAAGAUGGAGAAGGACAUGUCAGAUGUGAGCCUUGGCCCCACCCCAAUCCCAGAACUCACCCACAUCAUGAUCGGCCUGGAGAGCUGCUCCUUCCUGGAGGACGACUUCAUCCCAUUCGCGGUGCUCAACAUGAUGAUGGGUGGAGGUGGUUCCUUUUCUGCAGGAGGACCUGGGAAAGGCAUGUUCACCCGUCUGUACCUGAAUGUGCUCAACAGGCAUCAUUGGAUGUACAAUGCCACCUCCUAUCAUCAUAGCUAUGAGGACAGCGGUCUGCUAUGUAUCCAUGCCAGUGCAGACCCCAGACAGGUGCGGGAAAUGGUGGAGAUAAUAACCAGAGAGUUCAUUCAGAUGGCUGGCAGCGCAGGAGAGAUGGAACUGGAAAGGGCCAAGACUCAGCUUAAGUCCAUGUUGAUGAUGAACCUUGAGUCGCGGCCAGUUAUUUUUGAAGAUGUUGGUCGCCAGGUUCUCUCCACAGGAAAGAGAAAACUGCCACAUGAACUGUGCGAUUUGAUAAGCAACGUGACAGCCGGCGACAUUAAGAGAGUAACCACAAAGAUGCUGCGCAGUAAGCCCGCAGUUGCAGCUCUGGGAGACCUGACGGAGCUGCCCUCAUACGAACACAUCCAGGCUGCCCUGUCCAGCAAGGACGGGCGUCUGCCCCGCAUGUAUCGCCUCUUUCGAUAGACCCCUUCACUGGCAAACAUCACUGUAAAUAAACUGAACUUAUACUAGUGUUCCCUCCCAUCACAGAACUCGACAGUUCACUCUGGGAGGGGACUAAUACUCUCCACUGAACCUCUAAAAGAGGGAUUUUAAAGAAAAGUUACAUUUGACUCGACAGUAACCUUAGUCUACAUACAGUUGGAGUAUCUGUAUUUAUUGUUUGUGGGCAGGAAGCCAUAUUUCAUUAUUUACUGGGAUGGUUUGCAGUUGUUUGGUUUUAACGGGAACCGAACAAUUCCCCCCAAAACCAAAAUAACAGUGUUUAAUGUCUCAUUUAAAAACCCAAAUACCAAACUGUUACUUUUAAGUUUAUGGAUGAAGGACAUUAAACUGUGGAGGAAAUCUGAAUAUAAGCAAGAGAAGCUAAUGCUAAUGCACAGCUAACCCCAGCAGUGUCUGCAUAGUUUUAUUAUUUUGUUGAGCUAUUACUUUUCUGUCAGCUGUCUAAAAUCCACAGAGCUCUACCUCGAGCCAUCUCUUUUUCCAGAGUGGAUGGAUGAAGAAACACAGCUGAAAAUCUUACUAUUUAUACAACAGCACUUCGUAGUCUCCCUUUACAGGCACAGGAGAAACUAUACACAUUGAUGGUAAACUGAAUAACAAAGGAAUACUUGGAUUUUUUUGGGAUAAAUAUGACAAAGCUCACAACUGUAUACAAGCAGUCAUGAUUUCAGUCUUCAAGACAUGGUUUCUGUCAUUGUGUCUCAGAUGUACUGUAAAGAGAUAUCUAAAGUGGUUGUUGUUUUCUGUAUUUUUGUGGUUAUAUUGAGGCCAUUUGAAAUAAAUAAGAAUAAUAUGACAAA